AUUCAGUAUGGUAAGACAUUCUGAUACAAGUGUGAUAUGAGGUAAUAAGGAAAUAUAUAGGCAUACAAUACUCAGGAGAACUGCCUUCAGUAACACUAAAUAACAGUUUUAAACUGUUUAACAGUUGCAGCUUAUUUUACUCAACAACGUUAUGUUGCAUUUGUGAAUGUGGGGAAUUCUGUCUUCUAUUGAUACUUAACCAAACAGAGCUGGAAACAGAACUAUUUCUUACAGUCUAAUCUGUUUCUCUCUCUUUCUUCCAUCCAGGUGUACAAAUAUUUCUGUCACCACCAAUGGAAAAAGUCAAACAUUUGAAUGUGACAAUGGACCCAUGUCUGGACGCUAUGUUACCGUACACUUAGAAAGAACAUAUUUUGUCAUUUUGUGUGAGGUGAAGAUCUACGGUACAAAAAAAGAUGGCUUGAUGCUGGUCCGAGAGAACAGAACCUGGGAAGAAGCCCUGUACCACUGCAGAGACUUAAACAUGGAUCUGGUGUCCAUCCUCGAUGAAGACACUCAGGGCUGGGUUGAGUUGGAGGCCAGGAAGGCUGACAGUCCCUAUGUAUGGCUGGGUCUUCAUUACAGCUGCACCCUGGGUUUCUGGUUCUGGGUCGAUGAUCACGUCGUAUCAUUCAACCACUGGGGUCCAAGAGAGAAAGAAAAAGAAAACUGUGACAUGAGUGCUGUCAUGGACACAACAGGAAAUCACACCUGGUUUACAAAGUCAGACUAUGAUAAGUAUAAUUUCAUCUGUGCAGAGUAAAAGACUUGUUUGACUUUGCUUACUGAGUAGUGGAUGUCCCUCUAAUAUAUCAUGUGUGAGGGGUCCUGGCCCAGAGUAGCAGCUUUUCAGAUGUAGUGCUGCUGAUAUGAAGCCAACAUUUCUACUCUGGUCUAUAAAGAUGUUUUUGUUUCUUGGUUUUCAACAGUUUGUAUUGUUAUUUUCUUUGCUACAGUUAAUUCACUGAUAAUAAUGUAUUCUGAUGGUUAUAUGACAUCAGUUGUUGCUGUGUGUUUUUGCUGCAAAUUCAUAUACAUUAUUGUAGUGUAAUUGGAUACUUAUCGGCUGUGGGUUUAUUUAAAUUUCAUUUUAAUUCUUCUAUCAAAAAGAAAAAAUUUUAUCGAUGAUACAGAAACAGUUGUAAUUAGUUUGAAUUUCAUAUGAAUUCAGGAUGCAGUGUCAUUUUAUUAUACAAAGCAGUUAUAUUUGCAUCCUU